AUGUUGUCCAGGAGAAUCGUAGGCAAGUUAGGCCUUCGACAUACGACAAGGAGUGCGCCACCGAGCAUAUGGAGCUCCAAUACCCGGUCCAGAAUACUCGCUGUUACUCCUCAGCUAAGACGCAGCAGCGCCUCUGAGGCGGGCGAGAACGAUUCUGGCCAUAUCAAAACGCAGCGCAAUGAGGGCAUAUUUUUCUUCGACAACGUUUUUCCGCUGAAGCUUCAGUGGCUCAGUCGCCUCCCGCUGAUCAACUGGGAGCAGUCCGUCGUGGAGCUCAUCAGCAAAGCAAACCGACCGGAUGCUGCUUUCGCUAGCCCGUCGAGUGUGAUUCAACGCGCAUUUCCUGAGUCGCUGCCGGUAAAGAUUACGGAGGUGCUACCACGUCUCAGAGAAGGCGGCGCAUACGUCAAAUUCUCACACGAUGCGCAGAUUGAUGCUUUCGAGCUCGAGAGCACAUUACGCAAGUACAUGGAGGAGAAGCCCAUUCGUCCUUGGUUCAAUCCUUUCCGAAGAGUUCGUGCCUUCUUGGUACGCGGCAAGCCAUGGAUAGAGGAUCUCUACCGACUGCCUAGCUCUAGAGUACGCGUCGAAUUCCUGCCAACUACCCCGGAAGCUCAGGCCGCUGAGCUUACACAAGAAACUUUGUAUACUCUCUUCCGAAAGUACGGCAAGCUGCUCAAUAUCGAACCACAACCAUCCGACUCCAAGGUUAUUCCCAAGUAUGGGCUGAUUGACUUCGAGCGAGUGCGAUUCGCGACGAUGGCCAAAGCGUGCAUGCACGGCUUUGUACUACCUGCGAGCGAGGGUGGGGGUCAACAGGGCACCGUUCUGAAGGUAUCAUAUGAGUCCAAGAGAAAAAGCAACUGGUUUUUCGAUUGGGUCUUCUCGCAUCCUCGCAUUGUCAUACCACUGGUCGUUGCGUUGCUUUCAGCCACGGCUGUUGCUGUAUUCGACCCCAUCCGAAUCUUUUCAAUCAAGACGCAUGUCACGCAUGGUUUCGGAAUCGGGGAGUACAAAGAUUUUUUCAUUAUCAAGUGGCUUCGGCAGCAAUUCAUGCGCGGCUACGAUAUCAUCCGGAUGCGCAAACCCCGAGCCGAAGAUGAUAGCUUUAGAAUCUUGUGGGAAGACCGGCAGGAUACUGUUCAACAGUUGAGGACCUGGCUCAUUGAAACGGCCGACACUUUCAUCGUGGUUCAAGGCCCACGAGGGGCUGGAAAGAAAGAGCUUGUCAUUGACUACGUUCUUGAAGAUCGGCCGCAGAAGCUCGUAAUUGAUUGCAAAAAGAUCCAAGAAGCUCGCGGAGACAGCGCAACCAUCUCAGCUGCGGCGAGUGAAGUGGGCUACCGUCCAAUCUUUUCCUGGAUGAACAGUCUGAGCAGUAUGGUGGACCUCGCAGCCAUGGGUACCAUCGGCACCAAGACCGGCUUCUCCGAGACGCUCGACCAGCAGCUUUCAAAGAUCUGGAAUAAUACAGCUGUCGCUCUCAAACAAGUUGCGUUGGCUCAUCGAAAACGCGAUGACAAAGACUCAAAUCUAGCAGACGAUGACUGGCUGGAAGCACACCCAGAACAUCGGCCAGUAGUUGUCAUCGAUAACUUUCUCCACAAAUCCAGCGACAGUGGCUCCGACAUGGUCUACGACAAAAUCGCCGAAUGGGCUGCGCGGCUCACAACUUCCAACAUCGCCCAUGUGGUCUUCCUGACCACCGAUGUCUCCUUUAGCAAAUCCCUCUCCAAAGCUCUCCCCGACCGCGUCUUCCGCCAAGUGACACUCGGAGACUGCACACCUGAAGUCGCCAAGAAGAUGGUGAUUCGACAUCUCGAUGCAGACAGCGACGACGACGAGGAAGAAUCGGAGUCUGGGGACAAGAAGCUCACCCCGUCCCAACGCCGCUCCGACCUCGACGAGCUCGACUCCGUCAUUCAAGUCCUCGGCGGCCGUCUUACCGACCUAGAGUUCCUCGCCCGCCGCAUCAAAGCCGGCGAGUCACCUGGCAGCGCGGUCCAACAGAUCACAGAGCAAUCCGCGUCCGAGAUCCUCAAAAUGUAUCUCUUGGACGCCGACCGUGGCGAGUGGACGCCUCAGCAAGCGUGGAUCCUCAUCCGCGAGCUGGCCAACAACGAGAAACUCCGCUACAACGAGCUCCUCCUGGACUCGGCAUUCAGCAGCAACGGCGAGUCGGUGCUGCAAUCCCUCGAGCAAGCCGAACUCAUCUCGAUCGCGUCGCGCAACGGGCGGCCCACGGCCAUCAAGCCCGGCAAGCCCAUCUACCAGGCGGCGUUUGAGUACCUGACGCAAGACGAGGUGCUGCGGUCGCGCUUCGAGUUCGCCGUGCUGACGGACCUGGUGGCCAAGGAGAACAAGACGAUCGACAAGUGCGAGGCCGAGCUGAAAGUCCUGGCCGAGUUCCCCAACGCGAGCGACCUCAAGCCGCGCGUGCGCUAUCUGCUGGACAAGCUGCUCGUCAGUCAGCAGGAGAUUGAGCGCAUGGAGACGAAGCAGGGGGCUCUGAAGAAGAUCAUGAAGGAGAAAUAUUAG